AUGGAAACAGCCAAAAAGUCGGCUCCGGUGGAUAUUGCUAAGGAAAAAGAGCAGGCUGCAGGUCAUCCGGAUGGCAAGACUCCGGAAAACAGACCGAAAUACGUGCAUAUUGUGAGUGCAUGACGGAAGUUAUGUCUCUUUACAAACAGUUUCCAGCUGCAGCAGGAGAAAUCCUCCCAACGCCCCUCGAGCACUCGGAACAAGUCGCCAGCGGCCCUAGGAGCUUCUCCUUCGUCCAAUGAUUCCCCGCUGUCCGACGCCAAAUCCACUCCUCAAAUGCCGAACAGAAGUAAUGACAACAUGAAGAACGUUGCUCCGAAUGGAAAACGUCCUUUCAAAGUUUACCUGAGAAAACAGGAUGUAGUGAGAGAAACGUACCGAUAGAAUUGGCAACUGAACAACUGUUUGUAGGUUGCUCUUCCAGCCGAAAUGGAGAUCCGUGAACUAACUAUUUCGCAGGAGAAUGUCCUUUUCUUCAGCGGACCGGCACAUUAUCUUUCUGCUCUCUAUCCGGUGAAAGUGAACGUGGACGGAAACGAAUACAAUUCGGUCGAGCACUACUAUCAGGCCUGCAAACUGUACACUCUGGUCGGAAAGGAGUCUGCUGCACAGCUCAAAUCGGCCGUCACGCCGCUUGAAGUCAAAAAGGCGACCAAAGACAUUCUGAAGGGAAAAGUGCCUUCGAAAGCGGUCGGUAUUCUGAGAAAGUUCUUUCAUAACUGAAAAAUUGUCAGGUUGCUGAAUGGAAGGUCAAGGACAGCAUCGCCGUUCUGAAACACGCCAUCACUCAGAAAUUCAAGCAAAACGAAGAUCUGAAACAGAAGCUCCUGGAGACCGGAGACAAGAUCCUUAUUCAGACCUAUAUCGGGUAGGUCAGAUCAAUAUUAUUAUAAUCUGCCUUUUCUUCAGAGAUAACUUCUUCGCUGCCGGUGCCAAUCCGAAAUACACCACCAACUGGAUCGCUCGCCAUGUCAACCAAAGCCUCAAGAUUCCGGCUAAGGUCAGCUCGGAGAACGUGCAAUAUCUACCGCUGGUGGCCAACGGAAAGAACGCCCUCGGAUGGAUUCUUAUGCAUGUUCGCCACGAACUGCAGGCGGAGUCCGCUUAA